GCUCCAUAUUUUUUUUUCUCCGCGCUGAAUGAUCCUCCUGCUGGAGAAAGGAGAGAAAAAAACAACACUGGGGGAAACUGCGAGCAAGAAAAGCACAGAGGGGAAAAUAAAGGAGGUGGAGGAAAAAGUGAAAUAUCAGGAGAUUAGCGGGAACGUUGGAGGGACAGGCUGGAAAGAGAGCAAACAAGACAUUGCGCAAGUGGAGAACGAGACUUGUAUUUUUUUUUUUGAAGUCCCUGCUUUUGUGUGAAGAUAUUCUUGUUACCCCAUCUGCUGAUUAAAAGGAGGUGACACCAUGACAACAGAAAUGCAGGAGAUCGCCAUCACAGAGGACAAGCCUUUACUCACGGGUCAGGCUGAAGCCAAGGAUGCUGAACUGGCUGCCAGGAUACUCCUGGACCAAGGACAGGAGCACAGCAUUGAGACCCCGCAUGGUGUUCUGCACGUGACCCUCCACGGCACACGUACCACCCGAAGGCCUGCCAUCCUCACCUUCCAUGAUGUGGGUCUGGAUAGCAAGAGCUGCUUCUCCCCUCUGUUUAAGUUCGAGGAGAUGCAGGAGAUUGUCAAGAACUUCACCCUGAUUCACGUUGAUGCUCCGGGCCAGGAGGAGGGAGCUGCUACCUACCCCGCAGGUUACCAGUAUCCCACCAUGGAUACCAUAGCAGAGAUGAUCCCUGCCGUCCUGCAGUUUUUCAACUUCCGCACUGUAAUCGGAGUGGGCGUGGGAGCCGGAGCGUACAUCCUCGCAAAGUUUUCACUUGCGAACCCUGAUUCAGUGGAAGGUCUGGUUCUGGUCAACAUUGACACUAACACCCGAGGAUGGAUAGACUGGGCUGCUCAGAAGCUCAUCUCGGUGACAUCCUCCCUCACUGAGCAGCUCAUGUCCCACCUUUUCAGUCAGGAGGAGCUGUCAUCAAACACAGAGCUAGUGCAGUCUCACAGAGAGCGAAUCUCCAAAGCCUCUAAUCAGUUUAACAUAGAGCUCUUCUGGAAGACUUACAACAGUCGCAGAGACUUGACCUUUGACCGCAACAGCAGCUUCAAGUGUCCAGUAAUGUUGGUGGUGGGUGACCAGGCUCCAUAUGAGGACGCUGCUGUGGAGUGCAACAGCAAAAUGGACCCCACAACAACCUCAUUUCUUAAGAUGGCUGAUGCUGGUGGUCUCCCUCAGCUGACCCAGCCUGCUAAACUGACUGAGGCGUUCAAGUAUUUCAUCCAGGGAAUGGGCUACAUGGCUUCAUCUUGCAUGACCCGCCUGUCCCGCUCUCGCACCACCUCCCUCUCGUCCUCCUACUCCAUGGAUGGGUCCCGCUCUCGCUCCCGCACCCUGUCCCAGGGCUCGCAGGGUGGCCAGAUGCCGCCCAGCCCCUCCCAAACAAUGGAGGUGUCUUGCUGAAGGAAAAAAAAUGAUAGAUAGUGUGAGAGUGAGAAAGAGAAGAGGGCAGAGACAUGAGGAAGGGAAAGAUGAAGCAUGACAAUAAUGCAGGAACGAGACGAAUGGGUUACUUAUUUGUCACUAAACAACUCCCAUCAUUCCCCACAAGAACAGAAUAGGAAUAGACAGGGAGGAGGGAGAAAGAGGAAGAUAAAAACCUCCACAUUUUGCACCACAUACAAAGUCCAGUCCCUCUCCUCACGUCCCCCUUCCAGGUGAAAACAAAGUGGCUCAAAGGCUAGAAGAGAUUAAUAAAAAAAGGGGGGGAUGUGAGGAAAGAAUGGCCGCCAGUCCUCCCUCCUUCCCUCUAUUGGAACCUCUGCCAGCCAAUAGAGCCCUUUAAUUUAGAUAGGAGGCCUAUAGAGACCGCACCUUGCGUUAACCAAUAGUAAGAAUUCAGAAAACGGUAUUGUUGUUGAUGGUGAUAUUCAAGCUGAUGAUGAUGAUAAUAAAUAGAAAAAAACCUGUAACACGUCUUUAUUACGCAAUGACUUUAAAAUGACAUAGAUUAAAAAAAAACAUACUAUAGCAGAGAUACUUAUAACAAUGUGUGUCUACUACUUUUUAAGCUAGUUUUUAUUGUCAUUUUUAUUUCUUUUCAAUUGAUUUUUAAAAAAAAUACUUUUAUUGUUAUUUUAUUUCUUUAAUCUGAUUGUAUUAUCUUAUUUGUAACCUGCCUCAGCAAGGGACUGAAGCUACUGACUGGUUGACCCAUCAUGUGGCAACAGCCUAUGAGAGCCAUUUAGUGACUAAUUUCUCUUCGAUGUCGCCAGGUUGUUUAUGUCUUCCAUUUACCCCGUCUCUAAGUGACUGUUUUGUUUUCCCAUUGGAUUUGAGAAGGUCGGCAGGAAGCUUCUUUUGUUUUGUUUUUUUCUUCUUCUGGACUGUUUGGAAGUUGCAUGCCUGGUAUCAGCCCAUGUGAAUACUGACUGGAUAAUAUUUUUCUUUUAUAUUUUGCUAAUGAGUUGUGUGGACUUGGAUGUGUGCUGUUUUGUUAGCUUGGAGUGUUUAGCAAACAUGGCAGCCUGCAGGUAAGCAUAGGUGAGACUGAGGGUGUUUGUGCGCUUUAGCUAGCUAGCCUAGCACCCUAUCGUUAACACUAGUCGCACACUGAAUAGUGCUUCCAAUAUUGCUGGCUGUCUCGCACUGCGUGUCCCAAUAUCCACCCUUGUGUGCUACUCAACAGGGAGCAUUACAUCAUAAAGUAGCACGCUAGCAUGGAUAUUGCAUUUCAGUGUUGGGCGUAACCAGAAGGGAUCACUGUGUUUAUCACCUGGGUUGUAAGCUCUUAGCCUUGCCCGUGCAUGGAUACCUCCUAACAAACCCAGCUACCAUACUUGAGUUUCUGCGCAAUGUGAGGUCAAAUAAACACACGCUCAACAAGUGGCUUUAUUCAAGCAAUGGGGUCAGGAGAAUUGUGUUUGCAUGUGAUUGUUGCGAUAUGUGUGUGUGUCUGAGGAAGUAAAUGUGAGGUGUAUGGAAUUGCAUGUACCCGGAAAUCACAAUUAAUGCAGCAAAGACGGCCAGGGUCCUAUAAAAAAGUUUAGAGACCAACGAAAAUCCCCUGUGACUUAUUAAUGACAAUGAACCAGCCCCUUCACUGCCAACACUUGACACAAAGAAUGGUAUACAAUUGUUGCCACCUGGGCUACACCUUUUAGUACAGCCUAAGUCAUAAGAGGCAAAAGAUUUUGCCUUUUUUAGUUGCAAGAGUGGAAAAAUAAUCAGCCAACAUCUACACCUUGAAACAACCAAUUGGGUAUUGCAGCCAAUAAGCAUUCUUACUGCCAAAGCGAAGAGCCCGAAAAUACCUGGGAUGUUUGGUUUUUUUUGUUACAAUUCUGUCAUCAGAAAUGCUCUGAGCUGAAUUUGUGCCUUUUGGCAUCACUUAUAGUGGCUCACUUAUUAGAAAUAGUUAAUAUUUCAGCAGCAGAUCAAAACUAAGCUUGCCACUGCCCUCUGACGUGUUUGGACUGACCGUACUUUUUAAGGAGCCGUAAUUGGACCCAAUGUGAUAUCCUUGGAGCUAAUGUGCAUUUGUAAGUGUGCCACUUGUGGGCACGCACCUGUGCAGCAUUUCAUCAGAUUUUACUUUUUUUUUUAAAUACGAAGUAUCAUUUCUGAGUCAGUUGGUUGCCUCUAUGUUACGUGCUUUCUAGUGCUCCUUUCCCAAACCUGUUUGAAGUCGAGAUGGAGCGACGGUUUUGAUGACAGCGACAGGAAAGUCGGUGGAGGGCCUCAGAUUUGGUCUUUAAAUAGACUGCUACUUGGCUAGAUAUUAAUUAUGGUGGUGGUGAUGACGACAAUAAUCUGUUUUAAGUCACUUCCCCUCUGGCCCAUCUCAUAGUGCAAUUCACAGCCAGCCUUUGAACAACUGAACAACUGAACAACUUUUUGUUUACGUUUAAUCAGGCAAACACAAAUCUUGAUGUUUAGAUGCUAUAGGGUAUAAAUGCAAAAUGUGAUCUGUCCAGAGGGCUGAAGUUCAGAAUGUAAAUGUUUGCCUCCUUCCAGACUUAAAUUAUACUCAGUCAGGCAUGGGGACGUCUACCAAAUAAGGGACAAUGGGAGGAGCCUAGAAAAUAAAAUUGCCAAAUAGGAAAACAGAGUGGUACUUCUUUGUGGAGAGAUGAGCCGGGCUGUGUGAUUGUAAAUGCUUGUCCAUUUUGUCUUUUGUUUGUCUCUUAAGUUCCAUCAUAUUUCUCUUUCCCCUUUUUAUGUUUUGAAUUUCAUUUUUUUGGGUUUUAUCUCUGUGAAGUGUUAGUUUACCGUCCCGAUGUGCUCACAAGUUAGUUAACCGUGUGAUUGUUCUUGUGUAACUUUUUUAGCAUUAGCGCUGAUAUGGGAGAACCAUAUAAUUAACAAUUUUAAAAAAAGAUUAAAGGUAAAGAAAAUGCAAUCAAAUUUAUGUGUGGCUAAUUUCUGUGUAAAACAAUGGACAUCCUUAAAAAAAGCUACCUUAAAUAUUAAUAAAAGCUUAAGAGAAAUA